AGAGAGAGAGAGGCGAAGAAAGAUUGAAAAACGGGAAAAAGAAAUCAAGAAAAGGGGUUGAUAGAGUGAAAGGGGACUGAAAGGAGGCGACGAGAAGGCUGGGGGAAUUUAGUAAAGGGGAGAAUUCUAGGGUUUAGCUAGCAUCUUUCGUGAUCUGGGAUCGAGAGUAUCUUGAAGCAGAAGGCAUAAGAACUUGUGCAAGUGUUGUGCUAAGGCCCAAUCAUUCAAACUAUUCUCUAUGCUUGGAAGCUAUAUUUUGCAUUGACAAAUGGGCAAAAGUAAUAUGUGAAUGGCGACCAGAACUUAUAUGCAUUUCUGUCGGCAUGGACAUUUAUUCAUAUUCUUGCUUUUUCUUAGUCUUGAUCAUUGUGGUGUCAAGGGCUUAACUCCACAAAACUUUUCACGCGAUUUUUUGCUUCUGAAUGAGAAAUAUCAUAGAAGCCUGGUUUAUGAUGAUGGAAAGUCUUCCUGUUUAGCCUCUAUAGAGAAUUCGGGGUCUUGUGAGGACUUAAAAGGCGUUGGCUCGCUGGAUGAAACAUGCCUAUUAAAUUCAAGUUUGCAUUUAGAUGAUGAUCUUUGUAUAUUUGGAAAGGGAAAUUUGGAGAUUUCGCCUCAUGUUUCAAUCAUAUGCCCAGUUAAAGGCUGUUCAGUUACUGUUAAUGUGUCCGGAAAUAUUAAAGUUGGUGCAUAUGCAGGGGUUUUUUCAGGUUCCAUUUCUUUUGAUGCUGCCAAUAUUACCUUAGACAACCAUUCAACGAUAAACACAACUUCUUUAGGUGGGUCACCACCUGCCCAGACAAGUGGCACCCCUAUUGGCCAUGAUGGAGCUGGUGGAGGGCAUGGGGGCCGUGGUGCUUCAUGUAUAAAAAGUAACAAGACAAAUUGGGGUGGCGAUGUCUAUGCCUGGUCAAGUUUGUCUGAACCAUGGAGUUAUGGGAGCAAGGGAGGCAGCACAUCAGCUGAAAAACAAAACGGAGGUGAUGGUGGAGGCCGAAUCAUGCUAAAAGUCAAGGAUUCACUGCAGGUGGAUGGAUAUGUAAGUGCAGAAGGUGGUAAUGGAGGUUAUGAAGGAGGAGGUGGGUCUGGUGGAAGCAUCAUAGUCCAUGCUUUAAAGCUAAAAGGAAAUGGUACUAUCAGUGCUUCUGGUGGGAGUGGAUGGGGUGGAGGUGGUGGUGGGAGGAUAUCCCUGGAGUGCUACAGCAUCCAAGAUGUAAAGAUCACAGCUCAUGGUGGGGAGAGCAUUGGCUGCCCUGAGAAUGCUGGUGCAGCUGGUACCGUUUAUGAUAGAACAUUAGAGAGUCUGAGGGUCAGCAAUGACAACUUUACAACUAAUACAGAAACUCCAUUGCUGGAUUUCCCAACAACCACACUUUGGUCAAAUGUUUAUGUAGAGUGCAAUGCAAAAGCUUUGGUUCCUUUGCUCUGGACACGAGUGCAGGUGAGAGGCCAAAUCAGACUACUAGAUGGGGGCAGUAUCUGCUUUGGAUUGUCUGACUAUCCAGUUUCGGAAUUUGAGCUGGUUGCUGAGGAACUUCUCAUUAGUGAUUCUGUUAUAAAGGUUUAUGGUGCCUUUAGAAUGUAUGUCAAAAUGUUGCUCAUGUGGGACUCAAAAAUUCAGAUAGAUGGUGGUGGCAAUAAUGAUGUCAGUACAUCUAUGCUUGAAGUUAGAAAUUUAGUUAUUCUCAGGCAUAAUUCUGUCAUUUCUUCAAAUGCCGACUUGGGUGUUUAUGGUCAAGGACUUCUCAAGUUGUCUGGUCAUGGUGAUGGAAUCAAAGCUCAGCGACUUUUCCUGUCACUAUUUUAUAACAUUGAAGUUGGGCCAGGUUCCAUACUACAGGCUCCGCUAGAUGAUGAUAUUGGAAGCAGCUUGGCUGCUCAAUCACGCUGUGAGAGUCAAACAUGCCCGAAGGACUUAAUCACGCCUCCUGAUGAUUGCCAUGUGAACAAUUCCUUAUCUUACACUUUACAAAUCUGUCGUGUUGAGGACCUCACUGUCAGUGGUUUAGUUAGGGGAAGCAUCAUUGACAUUCACCGAGCAAGGACUGUCACUAUUGAAGAGGAUGGCAUAAUAAAUACAUCAGAAUUAGGUUGUAAAGAGGGCAUUGGCAAGGGAAAAUUUUUAAAAUAUGGAGCUGGUGGGGGUGCUGGGCAUGGAGGAAAGGGUGGCUCAGGGUUUUAUAAUGGGAUGCUAGUUGAAGGCGGUCAAGAGUAUGGUGAUGCUGAUCUCCCUUGUGAGUUGGGGAGUGGGAGUGGUGGCUCCAGUGAAUCACUUGAUAAUGUUGCUGGUGGGGGAAUGAUAGUGAUGGGUUCCAUGAAGUGGCCGCUUUCUAGGCUAGAAAUUUAUGGAUCUUUAAGGGCAGAUGGCCAAAGCCACACAGAAUCAGCUGUAAACCACAAUGGGACUUUGAUGGGUGGGCUAGGCGGUGGUUCUGGUGGUACAAUUCUUCUUUUUCUUCAAACACUUACACUUGAGAACAAUUCAUCUUUGUCAGUAACUGGUGGAAAUGGUGGCCCAGUUGGUGGGGGUGGUGGGGGUGGUGGGAGAAUUCACUUUGAUUGGUCUAAUAUUGCCACUAGAGAUGAAUAUGUUCAGAUUGCUUCUGUAAAUGGUACAAUCAUAUCGAGCGGAGGGGCUGGGAACAGUGGUGGUCAUCAUGGGGAGGAUGGUACAGUUACUGGAAAGAAGUGUCCAGUGGGGCUCUAUGGUACAUUUUGUAAUGAAUGCCCAGUUGGCACCUAUAAGGAUGUUGUUGGGUCUGACUCAUCACUCUGCACUCGUUGCUCACUUGAUAUUCUUCCUCACCGUGCAGACUUCAUAUAUGUAAGAGGAGGUGUUACUCAGCCAUUAUGUCCAUAUAAAUGUCUCUCUGAGAAAUACAAGAUGCCAAAAUGCUAUACACCACUUGAGGAGCUGAUAUAUACUUUUGGAGGUCCAUGGCCCUUUGCAUUUCUCCUGUCAUUCAUUUUGGUUCUGUUAGCACUUCUGUUGAGUGUUUUAAGAAUCAAAAUGGUUGGAAGCGAUUUUUCUUAUCGAUCUGCAAGUUCCAUUCAGCAUGAUGGUUCUGAUUCUCUUCCUUAUCUGCUUUCACUGGCAGAGGUUCCAGGGACUAGCAGGGCUGAAGAAACUCAAAGUCAUGUUCACAGGAUGUAUUUCAUGGGUCCGAAUACUUUCAGAGAACCUUGGCAUCUACCUUACUCUCCACCUGAUGCAAUUAUUGGAAUUGUGUAUGAAGAUGCUUUCAACCGAUUCAUUGAUGAAAUAAACUCUGUUGCUGCAUAUGAGUGGUGGGAAGGGUCAGUACACAGUAUACUUGCAAUACUUGCAUACCCUUGUGCAUGGUCUUGGAAGCAAUGGCGUCGGAGAAAGAAGAUUCAUCGUCUUCAAGAAUAUGUAAAAUCAGAGUAUGACCACUCAUGCCUCCGUUCUUGCAGAUCACGAGCUCUUUACAAAGGGAUGAAGGUUGGAUCAACACCAGAUCUGAUGGUUGCAUAUAUUGAUUUCUUUCUGGGUGGUGAUGAGAAGCGGCUAGAUGUAGCAUCCACUAUCCAGCUGAGAUUCCCCAUGUGCAUUAUAUUUGGUGGUGAUGGAAGUUAUAUGUCCCCAUAUUAUCUUCAUAGUGACACACUGCUGACUAAUCUCCUGGGCCAGUACCUGUCAACAGCAAUCUGGAACAGAUUGGUUGCCGGGUUUAACGCUCAGUUGAGGACAGUGAGACGGGGAUGCAUUCGUUCUGAUCUGGGUCCUGUAAUCACAUGGAUCAACAGUCAUGGAAAUCCCCAACUUGAGUACCAUGGUGUAAAAGUUGAACUGGGUUGGUUCCAGGCCACAGCUUCUGGUUAUUACCAACUAGGCAUUUUGGUAGCAGUGAACGAGUAUUUCUUCAAUAGUGUGCACCAGUCAGAUAUUCUUGAUACAGGCGACCUUUCAAGGAGAAAUGCUGCACUUCCACGCAAGAGCUUUAAGCAGUUACAACAGAAUCAAUCCUGCAUCAACAAUACAGUGUCACGCAAGAGGUUGACUGGAGGUGUGAAUGGUGGGAUAAUAAAUGAGACAACAUUGAAGUCAUUGGAUUAUAAACGGGACUAUCUCUACCCAUUUUCUCUUUUAUUGCAAAAUACCAGGCCCAUUGGCCUCCAGGAGACAUUGCAGCUACUUAUCUGUAUUUUGCUCUUGGGAGAUUGUACGAUCACCCUUCUGACACUGCUUCAGUUUUACUGGAUUUCCCUUGGGGCUUUUCUUGCUGUGUUGCUUAUUCUUCCAUUAUCCUUGCUCUCUCCCUUUCCUGCUGGUCUUAAUGCUCUUUUCAGUCGAGGGCAUAAAAGAUCCUCACUUGCUCGUAUUUAUGCAUUGUGGAAUGCAACAUCUGUAGUAAACAUUAUUGUGGGAUUUGUCUGUGGAAUUAUUUAUUAUGGAUUUUCUUCAUCUGAACUGACUGCCAAACUGAAUACAUUGAAGUUAAGGGAGGACAAUGAAUGGUGGGUUCUGCUCACAAUCCUUCUUCUGGUUAAGUCAUUGCAAGCAGGCCUGGUCAAUUGGCACAUAGCAAAUCUAGAAAUCCAAGACCUAUCUUUGUUUAGUCCAGAUCCAGAGAAAUUCUGGGCCAUGUGAGAUUCAUGCUGAGCAAGGGGAGAUUGAAGGCACUAAGUUGGCUGAUACUCCAAGCAUGGCAACAUAGCAAUCUCAGUGACCAGAGCAAGACAUACGCGCUUCUUGUCAGAGUCUGUCACUGUAAAUAUGUUCGUUGUAAAUUCUAACCUGGUCUAGGUUUUGGUUUUGUUUGCAGCAUUGCACUGAAGUUCCCUCAGCUUGAAACUGCAGCCAGGAAGCCAGGCAUUCCCCUUCACCCCCCGCAUUUUAAGGGACUGUAGCUUUGGCCUGUCUUACUGUGGUGUUCUCGAAGGUUUAAUUUGAAAACCCAACUUGUAAUCCAGAACAAAAGAAAAAGUCAUUUCUUGGUAGAACAUGACUCUUGUUGAUGGUCUUGAGUGUAUAGCAACUAGUCUUGGCGGUAUGUUGAGUGUUUUUUUUUUUUUGGUCGGAGUAAUAGUAGCUGUAUAGGAUGGUGAAUGGUGCCCAUUGUAUGUAUCAUCAGAUAUGAUCAUUUUUCCAUUAAAUUAUUUGCUCUCUGUAGUUGUUUGUCGCAAUUUUAUUCAAGUAAAUAAAGUCAUAUGGAGCCUGCACACAAACAUUUGGGAGGGUCA